UCAUAACUAAAAUUACUCGUAUUAUAACCCAGAAUAGCAAAUUGUUGCCCCGGAAACCAGCAAAUAAGCUAUGGCAUCCUUUAAUUUCUCUCAACCUAUAGCCUCAUCAACCUCUCACUUUCUUCUUCAUUUUCUCUUCCUUUCCCACUAGCAAAAUCUGCUAGUUUCGAAUAAUCUGGUCUGCAAUGGAAGUCUUCGAGAAAGCGAAAGUGGUGCGUUUCAAGAGCCACCACGACAAGUAUUUGUUAGCCGAAGAAGAUGAAGAACACGUUUCCCAGGACCGCAAUGGCGCCGGCGAGAAUGCAAAAUGGACAGUGGAGUUUGUUCCGAAUGUGAACGUUCUGCGUUUGAAAAGCUGUUAUGGGAAAUACUUAACAGCUUCAAACAUGCCGUUUUUACUCGGAGUCACCGGGAAGAAGGUGCUGCAAACUCUUCCGGGGAGAUUGGAUUCGUCGGUCGAAUGGGAACCCAUCCGAGAAGGCGUCCAGGUGAAGCUGAAGACGCGAUACGGUUAUUAUUUGCGGGGCAACGGCGGCCUCCCCCCGUGGAGAAACUCAGUCACGCAUGACAUUCCACACAGAAGCCACACGCAAGAAUGGAUUAUAUGGGAUGUUGAUGUUUUAGAGUUUCAGAAACCUACUUCCGUUCCUCGGUCGCCGACCCCGCCGCCACACGCCGGACCGCGUCCACUUAAGGCUGUUGAGAAGAAUGCACCAGCGGAAACAUUUUCUCCUACUGCCUUUUGGCUAAAGUCCCCUUCAAAUGAGGAGGUAAUUUAGGUGUCCAUUAAAAAAAAUUGUGUUUUUAUUUUCUUUUUCUUUUAUAGAAAAUUA